AUGCAUGUCUGGCAGUGUAACUGUGAGGGGAGGCCUAAAACAGGAAAGGACGAAGCCACACUGGGAGGGAUUCUUUUUUUGGCCUCGCAAAGGGCAGGCAAAGAGGCAAAGACCAAGAAGGCCAGGCACAUGGCGACCCACCACGGGGCUCCAAUCACCGAGUGCCGACGAUGGGGAACCCACCAGGAUGGCUGUGCAAGUUAUGCAGCUUCCAUGCACGACUGCAUGUCGCUUUCGCAACGCCCCACUCCUUCGUUUCUGAGGCAGCAGAAUAUCAUUAAGAUGUGGCCAGUGAUGGCCGGUCCCCCAGCAUCGGUACCUGCAAUUAUCCAUCCGUACUACCUUACGUACUCGUCGUCUUCGCAUCGAGCGCUUCCUUCCAGUGAACUAUCCUGUCGGUCGGAGCGCUCAGAUGAUGAUACUCGAAGUGGCUGA